CUGAGGUUCCGGUUUCACCCGCACCUGUCUCUGGUUCCCAAAUAUGUGUCCCAAAAUCUUGACCAUCCUUCUCAUUUUAGCGUCGUCGUUUCUCCUGCAUGGGUUCGCCCAAAAAACCGGGCUUCCUCCUCCGCCCAACCCCACCAUCCGGCGGGUUCCUCCUCCGCCCAACCCCACCAUCCGGCGGAUCCGGCCAAGACCGUCGCUGAUUCCGCCGGGCGUCAAGCUGAUGCCCCGCCGCCCAAACAGCAACCCGGGACCUCUGGCCAACCGGGCCAGGAUCCUAUUGCUCUUUUCCACGCCAAUUCUAAUAAUUUUACCGGCGUUGUCAAUCGGAACAUAAAUAAGUUGCGGUUCCUGUACGAGCUGGAUUUGAGUAACAACAAGUUUCUGGGUGGGUUCCCGGGGUACGUUCUUGGAGCCAAUAAAUUGGCGUUUGUGGACUUCCGUUUCAAUACUUAUAACGGUUCCGUCCCGUACCGGUUGUUCAACCUCGACACUGACGUUCUCUUCAUUAACAACAAUGGCUUCUCCGGGAGGAUCCCCCAAGCAACAUUUGGUAACACGCCCGCCCUCUACAUCACACUCGCCGGCAACAAGUUUACAGGUCCAAUCCCGCCGACGAUCGGCCGAGCAUGGAGAACUCUAAGGGAGGUACUGUUUCUAGAAAACAGGCUCUCCGGUUGUCUGCCUUUCGAGAUUGGGUAUCUAAUCAAAGCCACCGUAUUCGACGCCAACUCCAACAUUCUGACGGGUCCAAUACCCCAGUCUUUCGGCUGCUUACGGAGCCUACAAAUUCUCAACUUGGCCAACAACCAAUUCUACGGAACCAUCCCGGACUCACUCUGCAGCCUCCCGGACGUGUUCAACAUAACUCUAAGCAACAACUUUUUCACCCAAAUCGGCACGCGCUGCACAAGGCUUGUCAGAGCCGGAAGGCUCCACGUGCAGAGAAACUGCAUCUCCGGCUUCCCCCUGCAGAAGUCCGCGGCCGAGUGCAAAGCGUUCUUCGCCAAGCCCAGGAGCUGCCCACGACCCAACACCUUCAGCUUCGUCCCCUGUACGCUCCCCACAGCGGCGCUGGCUAAUUCCGCCGCCGUCGCUUCCGUCGAUGAAAUGGUUCACCCUUCGCCCCGUUCCUACGCGGCGCUCCAAAGGCCUCGCCAUUGAUCACUACUUCACUCUCGAGUGUACGUAUAAUAAUGACCGGAUCAGGGAAACGUACGUAACUUUGAUUUUCUUCGGUGGCUUGUGUCUUUAUUUUCCCUUGUCUCGGCUGUUUGCUGUGUUAUGGUUAUGGCCUCGUUGUAUGCUGUAUUUAUUUUGACAUUUUGUAAUUGAGUGUUUAAUUAAUUUGAUGUUAUUGUCUAUUGUAUCCCACAAUUCUUCAUGAUAAGAUCAAAGCACGGCUCUCUGAUUAUGGCGCCUACACAUUCUAUAUAUGAAGCUUAAAGAUUUGGUUCUGUAA